AUGCAGAAGUUCUCCAGGCUCGGCCGCCUGGGCCAGAGCCUUGCUUCGCGCAGGCAAUUGGCCACCGUCAGCGAUGCUCCCCUCUCCCGCAAGGUCGAGAUGACCAACUGGGAAAAGGGCCACUACAUCAACUACAAGAAGAUGAGCGAGAACCUGGGCAUUGUCCGCUCGCGCCUCAACCGCCCCCUUACCUUUGCCGAGAAGAUUCUCUACUCCCACUUGGACGACCCCCACGGCCAAGAGAUCGAGCGCGGCGCCAGCUACCUCAAGCUCCGCCCCGACCGUGUCGCCUGCCAGGAUGCCACCGCCCAGAUGGCCAUCCUCCAGUUCAUGUCCGCCGGCAUGCCCUCGGUUGCCACUCCCACCACCGUCCACUGCGACCAUCUCAUCGAGGCCCAGGUUGGUGGUGAGAAGGAUCUGGCCCGCGCCAACGACAUCAACAAGGAGGUCUACGACUUCCUGUCCACCUCGUGCGCAAAGUACAACAUUGGUUUCUGGAAGCCCGGCUCUGGUAUCAUCCACCAGAUUGUGUUGGAGAACUACGCUUUCCCUGGUGCGCUCCUCAUUGGUACCGACUCGCACACUCCCAACGCCGGCGGUCUGGGUAUGGCCGCCAUUGGUGUUGGUGGUGCCGACGCUGUCGACGUCAUGGCCGGUCUUCCUUGGGAGCUCAAGGCCCCCAAGGUCAUUGGUGUUAAGCUGACUGGCCAGAUGUCUGGCUGGACUGCUCCCAAGGACAUUAUCCUCAAGGUCGCCGGUAUCCUCACCGUCAAGGGUGGAACUGGCGCUAUUGUCGAAUACCACGGCCCCGGUACCGAGAGCCUGUCUUGCACUGGUAUGGCUACCAUCUGCAACAUGGGUGCCGAGAUUGGUGCCACGACCUCGGUCUUCCCCUUCAACGACCGCAUGUACGACUACCUCGCUGCUACCAAGCGUAGCCAGAUUGGUGACUUUGCUCGCGAGUACGCUCAGGAGCUCCGUGAGGAUGAGGGCGCCGAAUACGACGAGCUCAUCGAGAUCAACCUCUCUGAGCUCGAGCCCCACAUCAACGGUCCCUUCACACCCGAUCUAGCCACACCCAUUAGCAAGUUCAAGGAGGCUGUCAAGGCCAACAAGUGGCCCGAAGAGCUCAAGGUCGGUCUGAUCGGUUCCUGCACAAACUCUUCCUACGAGGACAUGACCCGUGCUGCCUCCAUCGCCGAGGACGCCAUGGCCCACGGCCUCAAGGCCAAGUCUCUCUUCACUGUCACCCCCGGUUCCGAGCAGAUUCGCGCCACCAUUGAGCGCGAUGGCCAGCUCAAGACCUUUGAGGAGUUUGGUGGUAUGGUUCUCGCCAACGCUUGCGGUCCUUGCAUUGGUCAGUGGGACAGAAAGGAUGUGAAGAAGGGCGAGGCCAACUCGAUCAUCUCGUCUUACAACCGUAACUUCACUGGCCGUAAUGACGCCAACCCCGCCACCCACUCUUUCGUCACCUCCCCGGACCUGGUUGUCGCCAUGACUAUUGCUGGAACUUUGAGCUUCAACCCUUUGGUUGACGAGCUGCAGGGAGCGGACGGCAAGAAGUUCAAGCUCAAGGAGCCCACUGGUCUGGGUCUCCCCACCCGGGGCUACGACCCUGGCCGGGACACAUACCAGGCUCCUCCUCAGGACCGCUCUUCCGUCCAGGUCGCCGUCUCUCCCACCUCCGACCGUCUCCAGCUUCUGUCUCCUUUCGAGGCAUGGAACGGCUCUGACUUCAAGGACCUCCCCAUUCUCAUCAAGUGCCAGGGCAAGACGACCACUGACCACAUCUCCAUGGCUGGCCCCUGGUUGAAGUACCGUGGACACUUGGACAACAUCUCCAACAACAUGCUGAUUGGUGCCAUCAACGCCGAGAACGGCGAGGCCAACAAGGUCAAGAACUCUCUUAACGGCGAAUACGGCGCGGUUCCCGACGUUGCCCGUGACUACAAGAAGAACGGCAUCAAGUGGGUUGUCGUUGGUGACUGGAACUACGGCGAGGGUUCUUCCCGUGAGCACGCUGCGCUUGAGCCCAGGCACUUGGGUGGCGCUGCCAUCAUCACCCGCUCCUUCGCUCGUAUCCACGAGACCAACCUGAAGAAGCAGGGUAUGCUUCCUCUCACUUUCUCCGACCCUGCCGACUACGAGAAGAUCGGCCCCAACGACAAGGUCGACCUGGCCUGCACUGAGCUUGCUCCCGGCAAGCCCUUUACCAUGACCGUCCACCCCGCUGACGGCAGCAAGGCCUUCGAGGUCAAGCUCUCCCACACCUUCAACGAGGGCCAGAUUGAAUGGUUCAAGAACGGCAGCGCUCUUAACACCAUGGCCAAGGCUGCCAAGCAGUAA